AUGCCCACCGCUCUAUCGAUGUUCAAGAGCAACACAACUCUUCAGGAUGGAUGGCUGCAAGCUUUUGAUGCCCACGCUGUUGCUGUCCAAGGAAAUUUGGUUAUCACAACGCCGAACAUGGACUUCGUUCCCGUGUUCCACCAUUUUGAAGAGGAAACCGUACAGGCUUGUGUGGAUGGUCGUUUCGGCACCAUAGAUUGCUUUCAGUGGCCUCAAGCUUACAAUAAUGUUUUUUGCAAUUCGACUUGCAUUCCUCGAAAGGAGGCAUUCCCAUCCCCGCAUCCGCUACAUUGGGCUUGGUUCACUCCCACCCAAGAAGACUUCAAGCCAAUCCCAGGCAACUCAUUCCCUGUAGGCACGCUCGCAGUGGAUAAGGUCGAAGGCUUGGAUUCUCUUCGCAAAUUGGCAAAGAAGCGGGUGCAGGAUUGGAGAGCUAAUCAGCAAGGCAAGAAUGACGCUGUUGUCAGUCGCGUCUUGUCCCUUCGACAUGGCAUCUCACGGUUGAAGACUCCCUUUACAUUCCGCGACCUUCUCAUGUUCGUGACUGAUGCCCAAUGGCUGUUUCUUGAGAUUUAUUCAUUCAUGGACUGGAUCCUCCUUGCUCAGCCUCGUAUCACUGCCAGUGACAGGACUGCCAUCGUCAACUCAGAGUGGAUGGGCACCUUCAUGCACGACAGCGACAUGUGCAACAAGCUGUACAUUGCUGGUAUCCCUCCUGUUUUACUCACCCGUCCUGAUCAAAUCAUCCUUUCAAUCCCAGGCGGCCACAAUCAUCAGCUUCAUGUUCGCCACCUCUAUGGGGGCACGACAUUCAGAGACCCUGAGCCAAAUCCUUUGUCGAGCAGCUUAUCUGCACCUGGUUCUUCUACUGCUGGGCCAUCCUCUCAACCAUCUGUUGCAGGCAAGGCCCUUCCAAAACAUCAUAACAAGAAGCACAGACACCAGCCCUAUGUCAAAGAUGCUCGACCCACGCACCACAACCAGUCAGGUGAAUCCAUUAGGGACAAAUGGAAAGAUCCUGAGAGCCCCUACUUCCUGCCGUCAAUGCUUCAUUGGGAUGAUGCCCUUAAAAGAUGCAUCAAGGAUUCAUCUUGUGUCCGCACUCCCUACGUCAUUGACCGAGGAUACAGGUUCCCCGAACCAGGUCUCCUAUUUGGUCCCAAGCUGCUGGAGCGCCUUCAGGGAUACAUAGCCACUUGGCUCACCUGUCGUCCAAUAUGGAUUGUGCGGGUUGAUCACAACCCUCCUCACAAUUACCCGUCCCCUCAACUAUGGCAUGACUUCCUCGGUAGCAGGAUUUCUGCCCAAUCACAAGCUGCAGCACCCAAAGGAAAAGCUCCUGAAAAAAAAGUUCUUACUGUGGCGGAGAAGUGCAAGGGAAUGAUGAAGGAUUUGUUCGGAGAUGAUAUGGUGGACUCUCAUGGAGAUUUAUUUGCGCCAGAAGGAAUGGUAGAAUUUUGUGGUGAACAGGUCCCUGUUGCCAGUCUUGCCCACCCUCCCCAGCUCCUUGCCCAAAAGAUUACCUGGGAGUUGUUUGAGCUUGGAUUCCGUUAUGAAUUGAGGGAUCUCGAUCAUCACUUAGCCAAAGGAUGCUGGGCAGAAGAUCCAGUUGGUCGCGAACAGUUGCUGCAUGCCAUCUUCCCUGGUGAGGCUGGCCUUGUCAUGUGGUCAGAGCCGUUUCCAAUGACAAUUACGGGAUGUGGAAUAACACCUUAA